AAGAGAAAGUGAAAUCAGUCCUAUGUGAGACAGUGAAUGAACGACAUUACAGUUCUGAAAGUGAAAUCAGUUAGCUUACAAGAGUUUUGUCGGUGCUGUUUUUGUGAACAAUUUCCGAUUAUUAUUGAGCAAAAACUUAAUUCGUAUUGAAUAAUUAAAUUAUAGCAAAAUUCUUCAGUAUUUUUGCUUUUGUGAAUUCAUAAAAUUCAAUGGCAGAGCAUAAGGAUGUGCCACCAUCUGGAAAUUCCGAAUAUGAGCAAACACGUAUGUUUAUACGUUCUUAUGCAUACGAACAUUAAAUAUGUGAUUGGGUGUAUAUUUUUAGAUCUUUUGGCACGUUUAGAAAAACAUUUGAAAAGAAACCUCAGUGGAAACAGCAUUGUUUUGUGAAUAACAGUGAACUCAGUCGAAACAAAUAAGAGCGAGAAAGGAGUUGCCUUAUUUAAGUGAAUAUAAAAAGCUUUUUUCCGUAGUCAAGAAGCUGUUUAAAGUGACGAAAAGAGAUUAACUGUUUCCAAAUCAUGGCCAUCGGAGAAGAAAAUCAACAAACAUGUGUUUCAAAUCGAAAUGCACUAGAUCCAACCGCACCGCCACCUGACUAUUACACACUAUUCCCGAACCCUGCGUUAGUCCAAAAUUCACGUGAACCGACAAAUUCACAACCCGAGGCCACUUUUAUUCCAAUUACACCCCAUGAAUGUAGGCCAGUCAUAAUAAAUCGAAAUCAAUCGUAUGCACUGGAACAUUUACGUGGCAAUGUUGUAACAUCAGUUCCAGUUCAAUGUGCAAAUGCAAUCGUAAAUACGCCGAUAGUAAUCCGAACUCCGAUACAAACCAGUACAAACCGAUUACCUUCGGAAAUCAAUGGAUACAUGCGUUCAUGUGUAAUUUGGACAACUUCGUGUAUCAUUAUUUUAAUUGUAACAUUUAUCCUUAUUGAUAACACCGAAAUUAUGCCCCAUAAGAGACUGUAUAAAAUGCAAAACUCUGAGCACUAUUAGCGCCACUACGGACAACUAUGGAGUUCCAGUCCGUUGAUUGCAGCUGAGCAAAAGUCUUUUCAGUAUUUGGCGGCAACUUAGUGUAGAUAACAUUGAAUUCCGUCGUGGCGCUAGCAGUGUGACAGUUUGGGCAUAAUUUCGGUACGUUAUUGACACACACUUCUAAUACCAUCUUUGCUUUAUUAAAUGUGUUAUUUAUGGUGAAUGAGUUUGUCACUUUGUGUCGCUGAUCUUUUGUCGAUUUGAAUUCAACGAAUUCUAUGCUUUGUCGGUUCAGUGACUUAAUUUUCCAGACGUUCGAAUGGACCGGCAUCCAAUGUUAUCGUAAUGUAGUGUAAAAAAUACAUUUUGUUAAGUAAAAAUGAUGACAAGUAGUUAGUUAAUAAGAAUUCAGCCAAAUACACCGAGAUUGAUUCAAAC